AGUGGCUCCUCGCGAUCCGAACGCGCCGGUCGGGCAAACCCACGCGCCUGCGCAUAGUGCAAUAAUACAUAAUCCAAGAUGGCGGCAGGGGAUGUGACCCGGCGCGCCUCGAUCACGGCGCCCUCCAUGCACCGGCGCCCUUCUGCACGCCGCGGCUCCCUUAUUAAGAACCCGCAGACGCCCUCCCAGGAAGUGCCAUGGGACAUAAUCGACAGAUGUGCGUUGCCCGUAGUACUAUGCCAUGCUCUAGCCGUGGUGCUGUCAGCUCUUCUAAAUGCUUUGCAUAUCAGCCAAGUGUCCGUGUUCACCCUGUUUCUGUGGUUCGCCAUUUCUGUUACCGGAUCCUUGUGGUUCUACCAUAACUUGCAGGUGACUGCAGCUGGUAAGGCUGUACUUGUGACCGGCUGUGACAAUGUCCUGGGUAACGCGUUAGCCAGAAGGUUGGACGAUUUGGGGUAUCACGUGUUCGCGGGCUUCCAGAGCAAGGCUGGCAACAUUGACGCGGACAUGCUGAAGGAAGAUUGUUCUGGAAGGUUGCACACCCUGCAAUUGGAUGUGACGUCUGAAACACAGAUUCUGUCAGCGUCUCUAUACAUCGUGGACCACCUACCAGAGGGCGCGCAAGGGUUGUGGGCGAUCGUCAACUGUGAAUCUUGGUGCGCUCUUGGGGAACUAGAGUGGGUGCCGUUUUCAGUCAUCCGACGAGCUAUGGAAGUCAAUCUUUUGGGCCCUGCUCGCCUCGUCCAAGUGAUGCUACCGCUCGUACGAAGAGCGCGCGGGCGCGUGGUUCUCGCAUCGUCGAUCCUGACGCACGUGGCGGCGCCGGUGCGCGGCGUGCACGCGGCGUCGCUGGCCGCGCUCGAUGCUAUGGCGGCGUGCCUGCGCAGGGAGCUGAAGCCGCGCGGUGUUGAUGUGGUGGUAGUAGCGGCGGGCGAGUAUACGACGGGCAGCGCGUGGCUCAACGAAGAGAAGCUUCUGGAACAAGCGCGCGACAUGUGGAAGCGGCUCAGUGACGAACAGAAGGGCGCGUACGGAGAGGACUACUUCGAGCAAGCGCUGCGUAGCUUGGAGAAGUAUACGAAGAAUGCGGAUGCCGACCUAACAGCGGUAACUCGUGCUCUCAGUGACGGAGUGACCCGCACGUUCCCUCUGUCGCGCUACACGCCGGUCUCUCCGAGAGAGAAGCUCAAGUCCAUCCUCGCUGAACACAUGCCACGAUCGCUGUAUGAAGGAUUGUAUGCUGAUUAAAUGAAAACGAAUCUGUUUUUCAUUACAAGAUUUUUUGUAUUGUUGAAAAAUAAAAAUGACGUCUCAUAAAUUUAAACUUGCAAAACUGAAAAAUACUUGAAGGUCGACUUUGACUAUCGAUUGUAUUUAUAUUUUGGAAUUGUCAGAAAUAAUGUGAAAUUGUAAAUUGUAAAAAAGUAAACACUAAGGGUUGGCGCAAACGGGCCACCGACCACAUUCCCUGGUGGCCAGCGACAGGCACUUGACACUUUUUUCACUAUUUUCAUAUUAUAUUUUGCAUAGACCACACACGUAUAGCCGAUGGCAACCAUUCGCUACAGAAGCGUGCGCGACAAAAUAUGUGAAAAAAAUUUGGUCAAUAAUUCUAAUAGAGCAUUGUAUAGAACAC